AUGGAGAGAAACCCCACUGGUGGAAUCUUCUGCCCUCUCCAAAGCCGCAGGAUGGUAGAUGCGAACUUGCACCAGAUCCGCGUCUUCCUCAAACUCGAGAAUCUCCAACCCUCUGGCUCCUUCAAGUCAAGAGGGAUCGGCAACAUUGUCCGCCAAAGUCUUCUGACCCAUCCCAAUCCCGAAACGACACAUUUCUACUCAUCCAGUGGGGGCAAUGCCGGUUUAGCAUGCGUGACAGCUGCUCAGUCGCUUGGGCGCCCUGCAACUGUCGUCGUGCCGACCAGCACCACGUCAUUGAUGAUAGCGCGCAUCAAGACUGCUGGAGCACAGGAAGUCUUACAGCAUGGUGAUUCGUGGCGAGAGGCCGAUGAGUACUUGCGCGAAGUGGUGAUGCCGGCUGGCAGAGCGAGGGGGGAAGAUGCUGUGUAUGUGCCACCGUUCGACCAUAAAGAUGUCUGGGAUGGAAAUGCAACCUUGAUCGAGGAGUUGUAUGAACAGCCGGACGCGAUUGUUUGCAGUGUUGGUGGCGGUGGGCUGUUCUCUGGCGUCCAACUAGGUUUGGAGCGGAGACGUUGGGAUGACACCCAGGUGAUUGCGGUGGAGACAGAGGGGGCGGCAAGUUUGGCGCGUAGCCUGGAGGCGGGAAAGCUGACGACCUUGAAUGAGAUCACAUCCAUCGCUACGAGUCUUGGGGCAAAGGAGGUCGCUCCAAAAGCUUUUGAGUUGGCGCAGCGGCCCAAUGUAAGGAGUAUGGUCUUGAGCGAAGCCGAGGCUGCUAUGGGAUGCUGGCGAUUGGCGGACGAUGAGAGAACGAUUGUUGAGCCAGCUUGUGGUGUCAAUGUCGCCCUAUGCUAUGACGGACGAUUGAAGCGAAGUAUGCCGUGGUUGACCAAAGAGAGUAAAGUCGUGAUCAUACUCUGUGGCGGAUCUAAUAUCACCCUGGAGACACUGUUGGAGUACAAAUGUGUCUAUGGAGAUGUGGAGAAACAUCUCCCUCGAACUGACGAUAUUCCUAGCAAUGUGACAGGAUCGACGAAGAUACUCAAAGUCGGACUUGCGGUGGCAUGA